AUGAACAACUACUUUUAUGCUGAAAGUAUCCGUUGGCGCUCGGACACCUCAGUAAACUGUUUAGACCAACAUGUCCAUCAAUCUCCAGACAGAGUGGCUUUGAUCUGGGAGAAAGAUGAGCCUGGCACUGAAGUGAAAAUCACAUACAGGGAACUUCUGGACAUGACCUGCCGUCUUGCCAACACACUGAAGAAAUAUGGAGUACAAAAAGGGGACAGAGUUGCAAUCUAUAUGCCUGUGACUCCACUGGCUGUGGCUGCCAUGUUGGCUUGUGCCAGAAUUGGUGCUAUUCAUACAGUGGUCUUUGCUGGAUUCAGUGCAGAAUCUUUAGCUGGGAGGAUCAUUGAUUCUGGCUGCAAAGCUGUCAUUACCUACAACCAGGGAGUCAGGGGAGGACGAGUUGUAGAGCUGAAGAAGACUGUGGAUGAAGCUGUAAAGAAUUGUCCAACUGUCAAGCAUGUCUUCGUGGCUCAGAGAACAGACAGCACAGUCCACAUGGGUAAUCGUGACAUUCCUCUUGAAGAAGAGAUGGCCAAGGAGGCUCCUGUGUGUGCUCCUGAAAGCAUGGACAGUGAAGACAUGCUCUUCAUGCUUUACACCUCCGGGAGCACAGGACAACCCAAAGGGAUUGUUCACACUCAGGCUGGGUAUCUGCUUUAUGCUGCUGUGACACACAAGCAUGUGUUUGACUACCAGCAAGGCGAUGUUUUUGGUUGUGUGGCUGAUAUUGGCUGGAUCACGGGACAUAGCUAUGUUGUAUAUGGACCACUCUGUAAUGGAGGCACCUCUGUGCUGUUUGAAAGCACUCCGCUGUAUCCUGACCCAGGUCGUUAUUGGGAAACUGUACAGAGGUUAAAAAUUAAUCAGUUUUACGGUGCACCUACUGCUGUACGUCUGCUGCUGAAGUAUGGAGAUAAGUGGGUGAAGAAGUAUGACAGAUCUUCCUUAAAAACCCUGGGAUCAGUGGGAGAACCAAUUAACCAUGAAGCUUGGCAAUGGUUCUACAAUGUAGUGGGAGACAGCCGGUGCACCCUUGUUGACACCUGGUGGCAAACAGAAACAGGCGGCAUCUGCAUUGCUCCCCGGCCCUCGGAGGAAGGAGCUGACAUCAUUCCUGCUAUGGCAAUGAGACCGUUCUUUGGGAUUAUACCGGCACUGAUGGAUGAGAACGUGAGUGCCUUUGCUUUCAUAGUGUUAAAAGAAGACACAGCUCAUACAGAACGUGUUAAAGAAGAGCUCAGAUCUAUAGUUGCUUCCAAGAUUGCAAAGUAUGCUGUGCCUGAUCACGUUCUGGUAGUGAAACGCCUUCCUAAAACGCGAUCCGGGAAAAUUAUGAGAAGGGUGCUGAAGAAAAUUGUUGCUGACCAAUCCAGUGAUUUGGGAGAUGUCACCACGCUGGAUGAUCCAAGCAUCGUCGCAGAAAUACUAGAUGCCUACCAGAAAUACAAAACCGAGCAGUCUGCAUCUUCAUAGGAAGGUCUUGAGUCUCUUUCCAAAAGAAAUUCAGAGGAACAUAAACAACCAUCCAGAUAACUUUGCUCUUUCAUGGACUAUCAUCAAAUUCUGCUCACUCCUAAGAGAACAAAAUGAUGAUUCCUCUCACAACAUACUAUAAUCUAUCAUAGACCAUGGUAUACAGCGGCCUUCUCUUUCCUUGGAAACCAUGGCAUACACACUGUGAAGCAUCAUAUGUGAAGAACCUUCUGAACAAGUGCCUGACUGAAUUUGCCAAAUCUAAGUGUUUUCACACUAUUUUUAGGGAAAGUGUAUAGCAGCCUUUUUAGGUUUCCACUAGCUGCAUUAAAAAUAAACAGCUAGUAAACUGUU